AUGUCUCAUCAUUAGCAUAAUAUAUAAUAAAAAUAAAUAUUUAUUAUUAUUUAAAUAUUAGAAAUAAUAAAGACAAAUACAGUAUACAACCAAUAGAAAUAAAAUCAGAUUUAAAUCAUAUUCUUUGUUUUAUAAGUUUCUUUAAAAAUUCUAAUCCCUUCUAGAAUUUUUAUUACUCAUAUUGUUUUAACACAUCAGGUAUUAAUAAUAAUAAUAUAAAUAUAGAAAUUAAUUGAAUCUAUGGAUAAUAUUAUAGAGAAUUCUUUAAACUUCUGGUAGCAACGACUUCAUACAACAAUUAGAGAUCAAAACUCAAUCCUUAUUAUUCCAAAAAAAAUAUCAAUAGUAGAUAGAGUAGUAAUAAAAUCGGCUUGCUUCUGGAAUAAGAUGGCUGAUGAAUUCUUAGCAUAAGGUUCCACAAACAGAUCUAUGGAAAGUUUGUCCUCUUUACCAAAUAAACAGCAGAUAUCCGAUUGCUGA